AAUUUCUGCUCGUUGGGUUCCUGUGCUGGCCCUGGCCAAGGCGCAGCAGUGGCUGGAACUGGCAGGACCCUGCCUGACCCCCGUGCCCCUCAGAGCUGGCAGGACCCUGCCCGACCCCCGUGCCCCUCAGAGCUGGCAGGACCCUGCCCGACCCCCGUGCCCCUCAGAGCUGGCAGGACCCUGCCCGACCCCCGUGCCCCUCAGAGCCCGCUCCUGUGCGUGUCCUUUCGUCCUCCUCUCCCACAACACCUGCCUGCCCCCCUGGGCAGCGUGGCUGGUUCUGAGCCUGCUGGGGACCCCUUUUGUGUCUUUAUGUUGGAUUUUCCCGGGAGACCCAGGCCCAGGGAGCAGGCAGCGCGGUGCGGGCUCAGCCUCGGCCGCUCCCGGCUCCGGGGAGGAAGAGGAGCCAGCCUUUGGGAGCGGGCAGGUGCAGCGAGCAGCAGAGCUCCUCGGGCAGGCCGGGCUCGCUUGUUCUUUGCUAAAUUUGGAAGCUGUGGCAGGCCGGCAGCGCCGCCCCCGCAGUGCCAGGAGGAUGCGGAUGUGGGAAGCCACCGACACCUUGGGCCGCGUUCAGCUGCCGCUUCCUCCGGCAGCGCCGCCGGGAGCCGGGCCGGGCCGGGGUCUCCCGAGCUCCGGGCAGCGCCCACCGGCAGCAGCGCCGGGACUGGCAGUGCCAGCGGGCCAUGCCCCCGCGCCCUGAGCAGCCCCGCGCCCGCGCCCCGGCAGCGGCAGCGGCAGCGGCAGCCCCGCCCGGCCAUGGAGAGCUCAGAGCUGGAGUCGGACAUCCUGCGGCGGGUGCGGGCGCUGCUGCGGGAGCUGGACGGGCACCACCCCUCCUGCCAGAGCGACCGAGGAAUGCUGCGGUGGACCCUGCACAAGAGAAUCGAGCAGAGCCCCGGAACCGGCUGUGUCCUGGUCAGCAUCCUGGUGAAGGAGCUGGAGAGGGCAGAGCGAGGGGACGUCCGGCACUACAUCAUCCCGCUGCUGCACACGCUGAUGUACGCCCUGAUCCAGGCCCCCUGCAUCCCUGACGAGCUCUGUGCCAGGGUUUAUGACUUCUGCAAGAGGCUGCUGACCCUGCCCAAGCCCUUCUGCACCAUCGGGCUGGACUAUGCCAGCAGGCUGCAGCUGGAGAGGACAGCCCCAGGGACCCUGUACCAAAGGAUGGUCAUCUCCGAGCAGAGCCUGCCCAGCGCCCCCUUCCCCUUCCAGGAGAGGAUCUUCAUCUUUGCUGACCCCGAGCUGCUGCCCGAAGCCAUCUGCAAGGCGCUGGCCACCGACACCGAGGCGGCGCAGGUGUCCCGGAGCCCGCGGGGCUGCAUGAGCUGCGUGGUCACCCACGCCCUGCAGGCGGCCCUGGGUGACACCUGCGACACCCCCGGCCUCAGGGCGCAACUCCAGGCCCUGCCCCCGGGGGACGUGGAGCACUGGUUCCAGCAGGUGGUGGCGGCCGUGGAGGGCGCGGGCAGCGAGGGGGGCUCGGGCCGGGGCCAGCACACAGCGCGGCUGGAGAGGAUCUACCACGGCCUCCUGGGCUCCGUGCCCGCAGGGAAUGCUCCCCAGGAAGGGCUGCAGGGGACCCCUCUGCCCAACCCCAGCAUCAGCUUCCACCUGUGGACAGAAGAUGAGCAGCUCUGGAAGGAGCUGGUGCUGUUCCUGCGCCCGCUGUCGCAGAGCUGCGAGCCCGAGUGCCUGGGGCAGGAGCUGGAGCCCGUGGAGAUGCCGGACGUGCUCCCGGGCUGCGGCUGCUGCGGCCAGAGCCGCUUCUCCGUGCUGUCCACCGACAGCGGCAUCGAGCGGGACCUGCCCGCGCCGGAGGAGCCGUGCGCGCCCUGCGCCGAGCGCUCCCGGCUGCACAGGAAGGGCGGCAUCAAGAAAAAGCCGUCCCCGCUGGACGGCGCGGCCUUCCUGCAGGCCGGCAGCGCUGUGCCCGGCGGGAAGCCCCCCGGGAAGCCCCCCGGGAGCGCGGGGAUGCCCCCCGAGCCCGCGGGCCCGCUCCAGAGGCUGCGCACCGCCCGCGUGCUGCUGCUGGGGGACGAUCGCGUCCUGGGCCGCCUGGCACGGGCCUUCCACUCCCUCAGGAAACGGGAAGCCCGGCGAGCGUUCCUGACGCCCAGGCUGGACCUGCAGUUCUACCACAUCCCCGUGGUGCCGGGGCAGCCCCAGCCCUCCGCUGCCGCCGAGCACGCUGGCCCCGAGGAGCUGUGCGAGGUGGCCAGGUACCUGGGCAGGGCUGACCCCUGGUACGAGAGCAACAUCAACACCCUGUGCCACAUGAUCCCCAAGCUGGCCACCAUGCCGUCGUCGCCCAGCAGGGCCCUGGUGACCGACCCGUUCCUCACCGACGUCAUCGCCUACUACGCCCGCAUGGGCACCCAGCCCGUCUGCUUCCAGGUGCACUCUGUCAAGGUCCUGUUCCAGGACCCAGCACAGGACCCAGCUGAGGACGUGUUCCUGACGGAGCUGCUGACCCAGGUGCAGGACAGCCCCUCGCACAGAGAGCCGAGCACGACCAAGAGGAAAAGCACCCUGGACGGGCCUGGCAUGGAUCUGACAGUGACCUGCAGGAGGGUUGUGCUCAGCGAGCGGCAGAAGGAGCUGGCGCUGUCGCUGCGCUCCACGGGCCUGCUGAUGAAAGCCAUCCCUGCCGAGGAGGCUCGAGACCUGGGCUGCCUGACUGUGACCAUCACCGAAAUCGUCAGGACCAGCAACUUGGCGGGACGCUCGUUCUCAGCUGUGGCAAACAGGUUCAGAACACGCAGCAUCAAGGUCAGGAGCCCAGAGCAGAGACCCUUCACGGUGCAGCUGGACAAGGACAGCAGGAGAACCUACAGGGACGUGAUCGGCCUGGAGGUGUCUCCCUGCCUCGAGCCCAGCUACUGCCUGCAGAAGACGAGGACCACGAAAUUCAGCCCUCAGGAAACAGAAGACGUGGGGCUCGUGAAAUUCCUGCCCAGGUCUCUGCUGCUGCCCAUCAACACUUUUGCAGGAGUCAUCCCGUGAAGGAGACGGGAGAAGGAGCUGUGAGAAGGAGCUGUGAGCUCUGGGGCCAGCACAGAGCACGCGGGGGAAGAAAGCACACUAAAAGCCACCAGUGGUGACUUCACACGGCAACGGUGUGAGGAGCUGCCCCAGGAGAGGGGGCUUGGAGGACACAGCCAUGUCCUGCUGUGGCAGUGUGACAAUGGCCCCACGCCCCUGCCAAGGGCACAGCCCUGCCCUGCUGUGGCAGUGUGACAAUGGCCCCACGCCCCUGCCAAGGGCACGGCCACACUGCAGGACCGAGCUUUCACCUUUUGCACGAGUCGGGGAGAAGCUCUGAGCUCUCCAUUCAGGAGGAGGGAGGAGGAUCCGUGGGAGGUGGCGCUGCCUGUCCUGGCGAGCCCAGCGCAGCCGGCAGCAGCAGGGGCUCUUUGGGGACGUCUCGCAGCCCAGCAGGGCCAGGUUUUCACCUCACAGGCCAAACGCUGUCGGUGCUCCCCUGUGCCAGACUCGGGCAGCAAACACUGUGUCCCUGAAGGAAGCUGGGGGGGACAGGAGCUCUUGGCACCUCAGGAAACCCCUGCGGGAGCAGCUGUUGCUGUUGGGACCGUGUGGGCUUUAAGGGGUGACCCCUCUGCACCCCUCUGCCUCUUCGGGGCGUCCCUCUGGGGUUUGCACGCACAAAGCAAAGGCUCAAAAAGCCAAAAGGCUUGGAGCUGGGCUGGGGUGUGGGCUGGUGUCCAGAGCUUGCUCUGUACAGCUGUAAAUCGUGUAGAUGGAUGAUAAAUUAUUUGUAUAGGUGUCACAGAUGACUUGUACCGGAGGGCGCAAUCCUUUCAGUGCCGACUGAAAGAAAUUAAGACAAAGCCAAGCUGAAGCUGCCAGCCGGUGGUUGUUGUCUGUUUGCACGGCUGGGAUGCUCAGGAGCUCCACCCGAACGUCAGGUUCAGCUCUUCCCUGAGCCCUG